AUGCGAAAGAGGUUGGAGCUUUCCGAGGAGCAGAGGCGGCAGCACGCGGACCGCAUUCUCGAAGCCGCUCGCGACGCGGAACGCCGCGAAUUGGAAGGCGGCGAUGGCGUCGGCCGGGGCGGCGAGCGCAUUCUGGUGGACACGGGAGUGAAAUUCGGUCUGUCGGCGCCGCCGCUCAGCUCGGGGCCGAGCAUGGCGACGGUGAACAUGUCGUUCUACCGCUGGGAGAGCGUCGCGCCGCCGCCCGUCGUCGACUGGCGGAAGUCCGUCGCCAUCACGCCCAUCCAGACGCAAUACGUGUGCUCAAGCUGCUGGGCGAUCUCAGCCGUCGAUUCCAUAGCCAUAAUGUGGGCGAUCGCCAACAACGGCGUCGGGACGAAUCUGUCGCCGCAGCAGGUGUGCGACUGCGCGACGAAGCAGUGCUGCCAGGGCGGGUGGCCCGAGUGGGCCUUCUCCUACGUGCUCUUUAACGGGGGUGUCACGACGAACGCCAACUACCCCUACCAGGCCUACGAUUCCGCCACGUGUCUGCUCGACGCAUCCAUGCCGUCCGUGGCGCAGAUCACGGGAUGGGAGCUGGUGCCGGCAUUCAACGCCAUGGCGCUCAUGAAGGCCGUCAGCAUGCAGCCCGUCGUCGCCUUCAUCAGCGCCUCCGCCGCCGACUUCACCGCGUACUCAAGCCGCAACGCGCUCAACAUCUACAACGGCGUGUGCUCGACGGAUGUGAACCACGCGGUGGUGGUGGUGGGCUUUAACCACACGGGGCCGGACCUCAAAGGCAGCUACUGGAUCAUCAAGAACUCGUGGUACACCACGUGGGGCGACCGCGGCUACAUGUACCUCGCCAUGACGCCCGACGUUCGCGGAAAGUGCGGCAUCCUAUCAACCCCCGCCAUGUACCCCGUCUACUUCCCAUCCGGGCAGCAGCCGGCGCGCUUUGCGUCCGACAAGGGCGGCAAGUGGAAAAUCAACAAAGUGGACGACCUCUCGUCGUCGCUCUUCUCCUCCACCCUUUCAACCACCACAACCACCACCACCACCACCACCACUACCACCACUAUUAGUACGACCACGCAAAGUACAACGUGCCCGGGGAUGAUCAACCCGUGCGGCGGGGGCGGUUGCUACAUCAGCGGAGGAGUUCCGCGGUGCAACUGCAACGUGACGGCGAAUAUGGUUGAGGUGUUGGGAGUGCCCACGUCCAAGUGCGUGCCGCGAAGUCCCUGCACGACGGCUCCUCUGAAUCCCUGCGGCGGCGGAACGUGCAGCGAUGUGGGAGACGGGACGUACACGUGCGCGUGCACUGCGGGUUUCGCCAUCGGCGUUGCUGUCGACGGUUCGCCGACGUGCAUUCCCGCGGUUGGCCUUGCAAAAUCCUAUGUUACCAACCCUGGCGACAACUGCACGUUUGUCGCGACAGCUUUUGGAAUUUCGAUCACCACUCUGACAAACCUGAACACCUUCAUCAACUGCUCCGUUACAGAAUACCUCCCUCCUGGAAUUGCACUUACAGUAUCGACAACGCUAAACUCCACAUCCUCCUAUUGCACCAACACUUACUCUGUCCGACCUCAGGACACUUGCACUUCUAUAGCAAACACUUUCUUCAACGGAUCACUCACUUCCCUUAUGGCAAGCAACCCUGGCUUAUCGUGCAAACGCUUGUUCAAGUCGGAGCAAAUAUGCCUCCAAAUGGUUACCGCAUCAGCCACAUCGUCGGCUGUGCAGUGUGGGCAAAGCGUGGACGUGGUUACGGGAGACACUUGUGCAUCGGUUGCCCUUAAAUAUGCAGUUGACUACGCAACUGUUGUAUCGCUCAACCCAGCAGUCAACUGCAACAGCACGCUUGCGGCCGGCUCCUCUCUCUGUGUGGCGUCAAAAUCAGCUCUGACGAGCCUUGACUGCACGGGGUGGUACCGGGUGAUGCAGGGCGACACAUGCCCCUCCAUCUGGAAUGCAGCCAACCUCACCAUGUCCAUGUUCCAAGCCAUCAAUCCGGGCAUCCAGUGCCAGGCGCCCUACCUGGUGGUGGGCCAGCAAGUUUGCAUCGAUGCACCCGUCCUCGCCACCAUGCAGCGAAACCCAAACGCAAACUACUCUAUAUACACCGUCCGUGCCAAUGACACCCUCUCCUCCAUCUCCACCCAGUACCUCACCCGCUGCACAACACUCUCCGUUUCCCCCGCUGCCAUCGCCGCCCAAAACUUCAUCGCCAACUGCCUCUGCACCGCUCCCAAUCGGCACCAACCUCAUCAUCCCCUGUAUUGGCGGCGUCGCACGUGGAACAACGCGUGCUAUCAGACCUCUCCUCGCACGUGCACGUACGCCAUGGGAGUGGGCUACACGUUCAUCUGCAGCUACUACCCUGGUGCUAGUCCCUUGCCUUGA